AAUGCGCGGCCUGAAAUUUCUGGCGAGCAGACGUUAGAAACAAUAACAGUACCCGAUUCAAAUCCCAUCUCUCUCGUCUCCACCUCCUCAUCCCACUAUUCCUCUAUCCGUAAGUCUUGAGUUCUUCUCCCCGACGAAUCGAUCGUCGCCGGCAACAAUGGAUUACGCUUCAUGUGCGCUGCGGUCUUCGUCUUCCCCAAUCGUUCCCGCCAAAUUCGCUCCCGCAUUCAACCGGGUUACCGGAAACGUUGCCCCGAUCUUCUGUCGUUUCAAUCCGUUUUCGACCAAUCAGUCUAACGGCCUCGCCAUACUCAGAUCUCGUUCUCAGAUUCGUGCAGUUUCAAAUGAUGUAGGGAGCAUGAACAAGAGAAUAAGCAGUCUUGAAUCUCUCUUUUGCAAUGACAAGUCAGUACCUGAGGAAGUUAUAGAGAAACCUCUUGGGCUGCCUUCGAUUGCGAAGAAUAUUGGAAAUAGCACACCUUGUGCUGGUUGUGAAGCAAAAGGUGCUGUCUUAUGCAGCACGUGCUCUGGUUCAGGCUUAUAUGUUGACUCUAUUAUGGAAUGUCAAGGGAUUAUCGUCAAAGUUCGAUGCUUAGGUUGUGGCGGGACUGGGAAUAUAAUGUGCUUAGAAUGUGGCGGCCGAGGUCAUAGAUGAUUCCUUCAUUGUUGUACGGACUUGUACCCCCAUAGUGUCUGUUGAGUGGCUACACAAAGUGCAAAUGCCGGAGGUAAGAUUUGACAAGGAGGCACUUAGCAGUUAUGUUUUCCAAGUUAGUUGUUGUCUAUCCCUCCUACAUUUCCUACAAAUUUCACUUUAAAAUUUUGUAGCUCAAAGCGUAACAUGGUGUGCAUUAUAUGUUUGCUCUGUUAUGAAUUAAUCUGUCACACUUCACUGGUCAU